GGGCGGAUAGAUGCACCUGACUCUCUCUACAGUCACUGAGAUAUCCAGUAUGACCAACGUUGCUCAGCUCCUCCAAUAUCUCCCAGCAACUGAAGGUUGGCUGCCCAAAUGGAUGCUUUUAGUGGCCUCAAUGGCCGUUUUCAAUACUAUUCAGAACUUCACCACACUGAAGCUCACACGUAGGCUAUACAGUGCAGUUUCUCCCGGAACAGUAACUUCCCUUCAAGCAAGAACGUUUGCAGUCUGGACUCUGACAUCUGCUGUAGUCCGCGGGUAUGCUGCAUAUCACAUGCAUGAUAAGACAAUGUAUGACAUGGCUAUGAUAACAUACCUCAUCGCGUUUGGACAUUUCACUUCUGAAAUCUUCAUAUUCCGCACCGCAAAAAUCAACGUUCCCGUUUUGAGCCCGUGUAUCGUCUCCACUGUGUCUCUGAUAUGGAUGCUGAAGCAAUACGAGUUCUAUGUAAAGGUUUAGCUACUUCUUUACUCGAUCGUCAAUGCGUUGCUGCGAACUUGCUACUAUGCACAUGUCGAUCCAUCUUAUAUCUCGCGCUCUAAUUAUAAUUGCAAUACAAUCUAGAAAGUGGCACAUUGCUGCUUGUCAAAUUUC